ACCCGGCUCAUUUUACAGCCUCAGCCCCAAAACCCUCAAAACCCCUGUCGCCAAACACGCCCUAAAGGCGCAACCAUCAUAGCUUAAACGUGAAAAGCCUCUCAGAGUCUCAGUACACCUUCACGCUGAUUAACCUUGUUCAUCUCUACACACACAAAGAUAAACACUUGCCAUGGGAAGUUCAGGUGGAGCAGAAACAUCGAUGAUGAACAUAAUAAUUCCAGAAGAAUGGUCUGAGGCUGCAAGAACAGUGGCUAAUGCAGCUUCUCCACCAGUUACUUUUGUUUGUGGGCCUAAAAACAGUGGCAAGACCAUCUUUUCUCGCCACCUUGUUAAUGUUCUACUUCAGAGUUAUGAAAGAGUGGCUUAUCUGGACACAGAUGUUGGGCAAACCGAGUUUACACCUCCCGGUUUUCUCUCACUUACUGUUAUUGACCAAAUAACUCCAGAUUUGACUAUUCCGUGCCUGAAGACGCCUGAGAGAUGCUACUUCUUUGGUGAUAUUUCUCCAAAAAGUGAUCCAACAAUGUACUUGAAGUAUAUAUCUGCACUAUAUGACUACUAUGAGAAAGAGUUCAACAUGUCUGAUCUGAGUGGUCUUCCUAAAGAUACUGCAGUGCCCCUCGUUGUCAAUACUUCUGGAUGGGUCAAAGGUAUUGGAUUUGUUAUACUGGUGGAUAUGCUGAAGUACAUCUCUCCUACACACAUGGUUCAGAUCCGCAUAUCAGCUGACCAUAAGAAUCUGCCAACUGGGGGAUUUUGGUUGGACGAGAGAGAUGAUGCCUCAGCAACCUUAAUUGAGAUCAGUUCAGCUCGUCAGGACUCUUUAAAAAGAUCGGUGCUAGUACAAAAGGAUGCACGCCUUCUCCGGGAUUUACGCAUAAUGGCUUAUUUCAGGCAGUGCUUUCCCAGUGAGACAAAUAUCACCACAAUUAAGGAACUUGCUCGUUCAUUGGCUGCUCACCCUCCUUAUGAAGUUCCAUUAUCAAGUGUCAAGAUUCAACAUCUCCACAGUCAGGUCCCAAGUAGUGAAGUCUUUUAUAGUUUGAACGCUACCAUUGUUGGCUUGGCUGUCAGUUCUGAAGAUAAUGAUCGUUUGCCUAGUUGUGUUGGCCUAGGAAUUGUCCGAAGCAUCGACACACAGAAGAAGAUAAUUUAUGUGAUUACACCUGCUCCGCACAACACUUUGGAGAAGGUUAAUCUUCUACUACAGGGGUUUAUCCAAAUACCAAAUUGUCUUUUGCAGGUACAGGGAUGCUUUUCACCUUACAUGGCUUCAAAUGUUCUGCCAGUAAAUUAGGAACCCCUGCUUCGGAAAGUCUUGAGGCCAUUUUGCAAAGUUCAGAGCCAAGUGUUCAUAGUUGCCAAAAUCAUAGCUAGCUUGGAAUUAUUUUUAUUUUUUUUCUAGCUCUCCAGGCUUAUUAAAACAUAUUCACGACCUUUCUCAAUUAUUUCAAUAUGAUAUUCCUGAACAAAGUUGUUUGGAUAUCGUCACUCUAUCUUAGUAGUGGUCUUGUGAAUUCA